GUAGUCCAGGAGGUCUCUGUAGGCAGAGUCACUUCCGCUCCAGGUACGCGAGGCCGCGGCCUUGGCUCUUCUCAAAGAGGUCUCUGCCUUUCCUUAGGAAAACGAGGAGAAAAUGAUCAAGUUCCAGAAGCUGGUGACCUUCGAGGACGUGGCUGUGGUCUUCACGGAGGAGGAGCUGGGGCUGCUGGACUCCGCCCACAGGCAGCUGUACCGAGACGUGAUGCUGGAGAACUUCAGGAACCUGCUCUCUGUGGGGAAUCAGCUCUCGAAGCCAGAGCUCAUAUUCCAGUUGGAGAGAGAGGAGAAGCUUUUGAUGAUGGAGAUGGAAACCCAGAGAGAUGGGUGUUCAGGAGCCAAGAAUCAACAUAAUAUGGAGAGUAUUCAAGAAGUGGGAUUAAGCUGCCUUUCCCCCAGAGAGCUUUCCUCCUGGCAGACCCAGCAACAAGAUGCAGGCACGUUAACCAGAUGUCGAGAUUCCGUGAAAAAUUUGCAAGGGAAUAUUUCUCAGUUGCAAACACAAGGUGAUUCCCCCUGCCAGGUUUGGGCAGGAAUACCAAUUCAGAUUUCUGAAGAUGAGAACUAUAUAUUGAGUCAUAUAGAGGAUAGUUCCAAUUACAUAAAAAAUCAAGAAUUUCCAUCUUGGAGAGCCCAGCAUUCUUGGAGGAAGAUGUAUCUGACAGGGUCAUGUAAUUAUCAGUGUGGAUGUCGGCAAGUUUCCAUGAAAAAUGAUUUCUGUAAGUGUGACAGUGUCAGUUGGAUCUCACAUCACAAUGAUAGUCUGGGAGCACACAGAACAGAGAAAAACUCCAGCUGCCACGACUGUGGAGAAGACAUCAUGAAGGUUUCAUUGCUUAGUCAAGACUUAAUUCAAACCGGGCAAAAGCCCUACCCCUGUAUUGAGUACAGAAAAGCCUUCAGUGAUGACUCCAGCUCUGAAGUUCAUCAGCAGUUACAGUUGGGAGGGAAGCACCAUAUAUACAGUCCAUGUGGAAAGGGCUGUAGUUAUGAUUCAGUUCUCCAUAUUCAUCAAAGUGUUCAUCGAGGAAAUGAUUGUGUUUCUGAGAGUUCACCUCUCCAAUCCCAUCAGAGAGUUCAUGCAGAGGAGAAGCCAUGUAAAUGUGAAUAUGGUGAGAACUUCAAUCAGUGCUCUUCUCUCAACACUUAUGAACUUCUUCACAUAGGAGAGACAUCCUAUAGAUGCAACAUUUAUGAGAAAUCUUUCAGUCGUAGCUUAGACAUUAAUGGUAUUUUUAGGGUCCAUACUGGGGGGGAACCCCAUGAAUAUGAGGAGAAUGGGAAUGUCUUUAAUCAGAGUUCUUGUCUUCAAGUCCAGCAGAAAAUGCACACUGAAGAGAAACUGUACACAGAUAUGGAGUGUGAGAAAGGUUUCAUUUGUAGCUCAAAUCUUAACAUUCAGCAUAGAGUUCAAAUGGAAGAGAUUCCCUAUAAUUCUGAGGAGUGUGGUAAUGGCUUCAGUCUGGCCUCACAUUUUCAGGACCUUCAGGUAGUCCACACUAGGGAACAACCAUAUAAACAUUAUUCAUGUGUUAACAAAUUCAGCCAAAAUUCAUAUCUUCAAGGCCAUCAGAAAAUUCGCAUUGGAGAGAAACCUUAUAAGGAGUGUAGGAACGGCUUCAAUUGGAGUUCAAAACUUCAAGAUCAUCAGAGAGUCCACACUGGAGAGAAGCCAUACAAAUGCAAUGCAUGUGGUAAAGGCUUCAGUCACAGAUCAGUUCUUAAUGUUCAUCAGAGAGUCCACACAGGAGAGAAACCUUAUAAAUGUGAAGAGUGUGAUAAAGGAUUCAGUCGGAGUUCAUACCUUCACGCCCAUCAGAGGGUCCACACGGGAGAAAAACCAUACAAAUGUGAGGAGUGUGGGAAGGGAUUCAGUCGCAAUUCAUACCUUCAAGGCCAUCAGAGAGUUCACACUGGAGAGAAACCAUACAAGUGUGAGGAAUGUGGGAGGGGCUUCAGUCGGAAUUCACACCUCCAAGGCCAUCAGAGAGUCCACACUGGAGAAAAACCAUUCAAAUGUGAGGAGUGUGGGAAGGGAUUCAGUUGGAGCUUUAAUCUUCAAAUUCACCAGAGGGUUCACACAGGAGAGAAACCCUAUAAAUGUGGAGAAUGUGGUAAGGGCUUCAGCAAGGCCUCAACUCUUCUGGCCCAUCAGAGAGUCCACACGGGUGAGAAGCCAUACCAAUGUGAUGAGUGUGGUAAGAGCUUCAGUCAGAGAUCAUACCUUCAAAGCCAUCAGAGUGUCCACACUGGAGAGAGACCAUAUAUAUGUGAGGUGUGUGGGAAGGGCUUCAGUCAGAGAGCAUAUCUUCAAGGUCAUCAGAGAGUCCACACUAGAGUGAAGCCAUAUAAAUGUGAGAUGUGUGGGAAGGGCUUUAGCCAGAGUUCACGCCUUGAAGCACAUCGGAGGGUCCACACGGGAGGGAAGCCAUACAAAUGUGAGGUGUGCACAAAGGGCUUCAGUGAGAGUUCACGCCUUCAAGCACACCAGAGGGUCCACACAGAAGGGAGGCCUUAUAAAUGUGAACAGUGUGGUAAGGGUUUCAGUGGGUUUUCAAGUCUUCAAGCCCAUCACAGAGUCCACACUGGAGAAAAACCAUACAAAUGUGAGGUGUGUGGAAAGGGCUUCAGUCAGAGAUCAAACCUUCAGGCUCAUCAGCGGGUCCACACAGGAGAGAAACCAUACAAAUGUGAUGCAUGUGGUAAGGGUUUCCGUUGGAGCUCAGGUCUUCUAAUUCAUCAAAGAGUCCAUAGUGAUGAUAAAUUCUAUAAAAGUGAAGAGUAUGGUAAGGAUUAUCCUUCAGCAGAGAAUCCAUACAGAAAUGAAGUUCUGUAAAAUGGUGUUCUAUUUUGUUUUGAAGUCCUCAAGUGGGAGCUAAAAUUUUCCAUUCACUAGAGUUCUUAUAGUAGAAAAAAAAAUUUCUUUAAUGAAAAUGGAAUGUUUCUGCCCAACCUCAGCAUUCACAAUAGCCAGGAGACCACACACUGAAGACAUCUAAUGAGAGGGCUUCCAUAAGGGAUUUUGUCAGAACUUUAACCUCAUUCAUUGCACAUGACUUUAGCUAGUCGUUGCACUAGGGCUUAUAAAAGAUAAGAGAAUGGUCAGGAACUUAACUAAAGUGCAGUGAUGAGCAUGUCUAAAUCCACGUCCACUAGAAUGUAAGCUCAAUGAGAGAAGGGGCUUCAUUCACUGCUAAGUCUACAAAACCAUGGCAUUGCGUAACUCAGUGUAGGUGCUCAGUACUUUUGCUAAAUGACUAAAAGCAUGUCCAGGUAUCAUGCUUGAAAGUUUUAAGCAGCUCAUUUCCCCCCCAAAAAAAAUUCAUUUAAAACUGUGUUUGGAGGAGGAGUCCUGCAAGUAGCCUUAAUAUAAACACUUCAAGUAGAUAAAUAUUUAAAAUGUAGAGCAUCAAGCAAUAUUGCAAUCAGAAAUUACAUGAAUUUGGUUGUAACCCUGUUGGGAUUGGUUCCCAUCCUUCGUCCCUUAAGCAGGGAUGAGCUGAAUUUAUUACCAUUUGGUCUCUUUCUAUACAGUACAUCAUCAGUUUAAGUUUAGCUGUGUGUGUGUGUGUGUACAUGUAUGUGCACUUUACAUGACAGUACAAACUGAUGAACAAUGUUUCUGGUUAACUCUACAAAAAUGGAACACUGCAUUUUACAUAAUUGAAUUGUUACUCCUGCCCUGUGUGUUAAUGCAGAGUUUUACUGUAAUAUUUAGAAAGUGUCAGAAGUGGUUACUAAUGAAAAAUACUUUCUAAAUAAAUGUUAAAAUUACAAUGCUUGGUUUUUUAGUCUCCAUAUUUCCAUCAAAGUCCUUUUGAUCUGACUGAUUUCUAAGAAUUAUAGCCUCUGUCCAAUUCAGACCUCCUUAGGCAGGAUCUGUGA